UCUGCUUGAUCUAAUCAAGGAUCAAAGUCCUGUCCAUGAGGCACUAUCAGUCACGGGCUGUUUCACUUCUUCACUCCACAAACACUUGUCCCACGCAGAGCUUCACCAUGGUCUCCCACUAUGCCCUCGCUCUUCUGUUCUGCCUCUCCACAGGCCUGGCUGCCACACUGAUCCCUCCUGCUUCUGCCGAGGAGCUUGCGUCAACUCCCGAGCCCGCUCCAGCUGACAGGUCGAACGUCGUAGAAGCUGCUGGCGCUGAAGCAGCCCAAGCGGAGGCACCUGCAGAAGGAAAACAUGCCAGAGUUGCCUCCAGCGCUACCCAGGACGACGACGAUGACUCCGAUUGGGGACUGAGCUCCAUCAGAGGCAGCUUUCAAGCCGUCAAUGGGUAUUUUGACUCGCUACUGGAGCUGAUGGGAGGCCGCGAUGGCGUGUGCCAGUACCGCUGCAGAUUCGGUAAAGCUCCAAAAGCUCGUCCAGGCUACCAGCUACCAGAACCCAAUGGAUGCACUUCCUCUUUGCUUGGUUUCCAGGUACCGGAUAGUUUCGACAUGGGCAUCCCAGCCAUGACCAAGUGCUGUAACCAGUUGGACCUGUGCUACGACACGUGCGGUUCCAACAAGUACCGUUGUGACACCAAGUUCCGCUGGUGCCUCCACAGCAUAUGUGGUGAUCUGAAGAAGAGCUUGGGCUUCGUGUCAAAGGUCGAAGCUUGUGAGGCGUUUGCGGACACCAUGUACAACACGGUAUGGACUCUGGGCUGCAGGCCGUUCAUGAACAGCCAGAGGGCAGCAUGCAUCUGUGAGGGUGAGGAGAAAGACGAGCUGUAAAGACCACUCCUCCUGCCAAGCACAAUGACUCACCAUUAUCAAGUGCAUUCCAAAGUGGACUCCAAAAAGAGACCGGUGGUGUGAAAGACUCAUGUGGAACGAACAACAAGGAAACGCUCGAGCUCUCAUCAUCCCUUUCGAUUAAUAUCAGUUUUCUGUAGCAAUAGGUUUGUGUUUGCAGGUUUACCAUUUAGUGUACUGUAGAUGGUAACCUCCUAUGGCUCAGUGGGAGGAGAGCAUUUCAUUAGUACACCCAUUAGGCUAUUGUCUUAAGACAGGUCUGCUUAAGUUGUCCUAAAGAGAAGACUAAUUAGUCAGAGCUUUUAAAGAGUGUUUCCAAAGAAAAUUCCAAAUUGAAAUCAAGCAGGACAUUGUGACCAGUUGAAAGAACUAUAUUUAUAAUUUAUUAAAGUGUAACGGUGCCAUUCAAAUUAAACUUUCACACAUUUAUACAAUUCAAACACAGGCACGUAGUGUGCGAAAGAGUGGGUUCAUUUCACAUAGAUUAAAACACUGUCAGAUGUAAGAAUGUUAAAAUGAACGUGGCUUCUGAUACAUCUUCUAAACCUUUUUAAGUUAUUUUAAACAUUGUUAUUCUGAAUAAAUAUCAGUCUUACGUGGCUCCUCACAUA